AUGACAUCCUCAAUUGCACACAACGAAAAACGCACUCCCGAUUCUACGUCCGGUCAAGGAAAAGACCUCGGAGAGGCAAUUGACCUUGACGACGCAGUCCUCAGAGCUCAAGGCCAUGUGGCAGAGUUGGAGCGGUCCUUCUCGUGGGUUGGAGCCAUUGGUUUGGCCUACAGUAUCGUGAAUUCCUGGCUCACAUACGCCGUGAUCUUUGGUAUGAACCUCAAAUAUGGAGGAGGUCAAACAGCAGUGUUUGCCCUUAUAGUAGCCGCUGCUGUCCAGUGGAUUGUCUUUCUCGGGCUGGCAGAAUUGUGUUCAGCCAUGCCAUCUUCUGGUGGACAAUACCACUUUACUCACAUUAUCGCUCCUCGAUUUUCCAAGGGUUUCGCUGCUUUUGCUGUCGGUAUCAUAAACGUCGUGGCAUGGUGGAUUAACACGGCAGCUGGAGUAUUCCAGCCUGCAAUUUCAGCUUUCGGUAUUGCCAUGCUCUGGUAUCCCGAAGUCACCGGAGAGCAGUGGCAGGUUUAUCUCUGCUAUUUGCUGGUAAUGAUCCUGACACUAAUUCCCAUCUUCACAAUUCCCAAAAAACGUCUCGACUACAUGACCAAGGCUGCCAUGCUUCUGUCUAUCCUGGGAUUUUUUUUGGUUAUUACCGUGUGCCUCGUGAUGGGCCGAGGUCAUUACCACCCUAUCACCGUUAUUGAAUACCGAGGGGCUAGUGGAUGGGGACCAGGUCCGGCCUGGCUUAUGAGUAUAGGCGUGGGACAGUUUCCUUUUGCUGGUAUCAGUGCGUGUACACACAUUGCUGAGGAGAUGCCGCGUCCUGGUCGGCGUUUACCUCGUGUGAUUAAUAUGACAAUGGCCAUCGGCAUCUUGACGGCAGCACCGUGGAUUGUGAUCAUGACCACCACGAUUACAGACAUGGAAGCUGUGCAGAAUGCAUUCUCCCCCAGUAUGGAGGUCUUCCACCAGGCGACGGGGAGUAAGGCCGUGGCUACAUUCUUGCAAGCAUACCUCACCCUUCUCUACUACAGUAAGAUCCAAUACCCUGGUGUUAGGAAUCUCUCUCACAAAUUGAAUACAGCUUGUGUCCCCAGUCAAUGGAUCACCUCCAGUCGAAUUGCAUGGGCAUUUUCUCGAGAUCAUGGGCUCCCCUUCUCUUCAUAUUUCAAUCACGUCGACUCCAAGCGCCAUUUUCCCGUGCGCACGACAUUCCUCGCAGUCGGAUUCUGCGUCAUCUACGGACUUCUCUACGUCGCCUCCACAGAAGCGUUCAAUUCAAUCGUCAACACCGCCAUUCUCAUGGUGAAUAUUACAUACACUGUUCCCCAGGGUAUACUGGCCACCUGUGGUAGAAAGCGUCUUCCGCGGCGGUCGUUUAAUCUGGGGCCGGUUGUUGGGUACGCAGUCAAUGUGUUCUCAGUGCUGUGGUUGAUUAUCAGUGGGAUCUUCUUCUGCUUCCCUGCGACAAAGCCCACGUCUCUUGGGAAUAUGAACUACAAUUCCGUGGUGAUUUCGGGCUUGUUUGCGGUGCUUCUGAUUCUUUGGAUUGAACGGAGGAAAAAGUUCAAGGGGCCGGAGAUUGACCUGGAUACGUUGAAUGCCAGUAAUGUUCUUUAG